CCUCUCUCUGCAGUCCUCACACACACACACAGAGGCGAAAGAAAAGGGAAAACACGCGGAGCAAAAUCAACGUGUUCGUGUGGGCGUUGUUCCAGCAGGCUGACAGCAGUGUCAUCAGCGGGGGAGCCACACUGGGACACCGAGGACAGACAGGGAGGGUGUCUCUCCGCUGCCGAGGGAGGAUUUUUUUUUCUGUCGUCGUUGAUAACACACGAGGUGGAAAUAUAUCGUGAGUUUUAUCUUAAGGCUGUUCAGACGCCGGAGAGGACCGCGUUUUUGUUCAGAGUUGAUUCUUUUCCCCACAGAUGGCUCAGACUGGUAAUUGCUGUCAUCGUUUUGGAAUAUCAGCAACACUGAGGAUUAUUGCUGGACUGGAAUUGGAUUAAAUCUCCCAAAUCACCAAUCCUUCCUCAUGAGGAAAGAUGGGGAAUGGAUUAUCAGAACAACCCAGCUUCCUUUCAAACGUCCCGUUCUUCCAGUCGUUUCACAUCGCCAUCCUCGGGCUGGACUCUGCGGGGAAGACCACCGUUCUGUACAGACUGCAGUUCAAUGAGUUUGUGAACACUGUGCCCACGAAAGGUUUCAAUGCGGAGAAGGUGAAAGUGUCACUGGGCGGCCACAGGACUGUGACGUUCCACUUCUGGGACGUCGGCGGCCAGGAGAAGCUACGCCCUUUGUGGAAGUCAUACACGAGAUGCACGGACGGCAUCAUAUUCGUGGUGGACUCUGUGGACGCGGAGCGCAUGGAGGAGGCCAAGACGGAGCUCCAUAAAAUUGCCAAGACCUCUGAAAACCAGGGGGUGCCCCUGCUGGUGGUCGCCAACAAACAGGACUUGAGACACUCUUUGGGACUCGCUGAAAUUGAGAAAUUGUUGGCGCUGAAAGAACUGGGACCUGCGACUCCAUGGCACCUGCAGCCAACCUGUGCCAUCAUAGGCGAUGGACUCAGGGAGGGACUUGAGAGACUCCAUGACAUGAUCCUGAAAAGGAGGAAGGUGCUGCGGCAACAGAAGAAAAAGAGAUAAACUGUGAAAGACUUGUCUGCUGUUUCAUGUGAAGGAUAUUCUCCUGGGUGGAUACAGGCAUCUGCUGCAGGUCCAGAUUCAAAAUACUGAGUUUUAUCAGUCCGAAAUUGAGAUUUAGGAUUCCCGGAUGAUGCUGUUUAUCAGGAAGUGACACUUAAAGGAAUACAGUAUGAAGAUAAGAAAGUUUCAGACAUGUGUGGAUAUUUUAGAGUCUAUAUGGAUUAAAAAGCACUGAGGGUUCGGGGUCUGGAAGGGUGAUAGAAGUUAAGGAUGCUGUAUGUUUCAUGAAUGGCUGUUCCAAACAAUAUUACCAAAAAUAAUUUAAGAAAAGGCUUUGACUAGUUGAAGGGUUAUUUGGUGAAUGAUUCAACAUUGUUACAAUGAAAUAUACAUCAGUUUUAUUUCACUGUUUUAUAUGUUAUCGUAUAUUGUUCAUUUUUUUUACACUGGACUUUCUUUGUGAAAGAAAAGUAUUAUCAUGCAUUAUCGCAUUAUUAUCGAUUUGCUUGCUGUCUUUAUCUAUCCUUUUUUAAAAGCACUUUAGAGUAUCACUUCAUAUGAAGUUUACAGUUUUUAGCAUUUUGUGUUGGAUUUUACAGACAUGUUUGGGCAAAAUACAACAGAUGCUACUGUAGUUGGUCCACAUUGGCCACAUUGUUAUUAGACAGGUUAUGCAUUAUGUUUUGCUUAAUAAAACAUAUUUAGAGCAAUGUUGA